AUGGCCAACGAGGCGUCGUCAGGAAGCCGUGGGCGCCCGUUUUUUGUCCAGAGCGAAAAGGCUGCGCGAGCAGAUGAUCGGGACCCCUGGGCCAGCUGGGCCGAGGCGGGUAGAAACCAGAGUUCCGAGUUGUUCCGUCCCGCGUUUCGUGACAAGGAAGAGUAUGGGCGGAAUCCGUGUCUUCGCUUUGCCUCACGUCCGCUCUCUCGACUGCUCCUCGUUUCGUCGUGCAUGAUCCUGCAAUGUGAAGUCCCACCAGACAUGUGA